UAUAUAUAUAUGGGGAAGAAAUGGGAAAGAAGAGAGAGGAAGAGAAAGGGAAGUAAACGUGUUUGAAGGACUCAGAACGCGUGAUAUUUUUCCCGUGAUUCUUUUAAACCCUUUCUUUCUCUCUCAAAACUCAAACUCUUCAUUCAAUUCUUUCAAUAUCUUCAAUUGAUUCUCUCGCUGAUUUCUUUCUAAUUCAACGCUUUCAGCUUAUACUAUUCCAUGGACGCCGAUCAAUCUAACAAUUCCACAACGUUAUUGCCGCACCCGGCCAAUAAGCGACCACCUAAAAUUCUAACCGCCGAACCUACUCAACACACAUGGAAAACUGAAAUCCAGCAACAGAUCUACUCAUCUAGGCUCGCGGAAGCGCUUCGCCGAGUCACUCAUCCACGCUCCUCAUCUACGAUUAACGGAAACCUAGUUCGCCAAACUGCGGAUUCUGUACUCGCCGCUACAGCCAAGGGGAGGUCUCGAUGGAGUCGAGCGAUUCUAGCCACUCGAUUCCGCCAGAGCCUUGCCAGACGACGACGGAGGACGAAGAAAUUACUCGCUCGUAAACCGGAGCUCAAGAACGAGAAGGCUAGGAAGUUACCUGCGGUGCAAAGGAAGGUGAAAAUUCUUGGCCGCUUGGUUCCUGGUUGUCGGAAACUCUCGUUCCCGAAUCUUCUGGAAGAAGCGACGGAUUAUAUAUCGGCUUUAGAGAUGCAGGUAAAAGCCAUGACGGCGCUCGCUGAACUCCUCGCCGGAAAUCAAAGGAAUAUCGCCGGAAUCUCUAACGAUUCUUGAGAUUGGUAAUCGUUCCAUAGAUUCGGAAAUCGGGAUCGCCGCCGUGGUUUUUUUUUUCUUCCCUUCUUCUCCAAUUGAUAUAUAUAUAUAUAUAUAUAUAUAUAUAUAUAUAUAUAUAUAUAUUUGUUCCCGGCGGUAAUAUUAUUUUUAUUUGUUUUGUUGUUAUUCCAUAUGUAAUCUUAUUUUGUAUAUUUUAAAUUAUAAAUUUAGAUUCUAAAUUUUGGUUGAAA